CCGCCUCCUGCUAGAUUUGCCUUUCUUGCCUAGAGCUCCUUCAGUCCCUCCUGCCUGCGCAAGGAUUAAGAGCACGACUAUUAGCUCCAUUUUACAGAUGAGGAAACUGAGGCUCGGUGGGGCUAACGCGCUUGCCCAGGGGCUCCAGAGCUGUCCAAUCCCUGCAGCCCAGGCUUCUCAAGGCCAGCCAGCUGCUUUCCGGUCAGGGCCACCCCCCUGCAAGGAGCAAAGCACACGGGAGUAAUUUCCUAAGAGGCCCGGGAUGGAGAGAGGGCACAGGAUCUGAGGUCUCGGUUCGGGUCCCACUUUUAAGUUGGGAGUGCGAUAACAUGCCGGGCGGGGGUCUCGGCCGUCCCCUGCGCCCGUUCAGUCGCCAGUCCCCGCCUCACUUCCCGCUGGAGGCCCGAGAACGCGGAGCGGCGCCCCGGUUUGUGACCGCCUCCUCGCAACGCUUUCUGGCCCCGGCGGCCCCCGUAGCCCCGCCCACCGAGGAAGCGGUCCGAGCGCGCCGAGGCCGCUGCAAGCAGCAUGAAGCCACCGCAGCGGCGGCGAGCAGCCCCGGCUCGCUACCUGGGCGAGGCGAGCGGUCCCGCGGCCUGGAGCGCUCGCGAGAAGCGGCAGCUGCUACGGCUACUGCAGGCGCGGCGGGGCCAGCCAGAACCGAACGCCGCCGAGCUGAGCCGGGAGCUGCCGGGUCGGAGCGAGGCCGAGAUCCGGGACUUCCUCCAGCAGCUCAAGGGCCGCGUGGCCCGGGAGGCCAUUCAGAGAGUGCGUCCAGGUGGCCCACGGGGUCCAAGGUGCCAGGAGGCACAGACCCCGGCUCCCAUUGAGGUGUGGAUGGAUCUGGCUGAGAAGAUAACAGGCCCACUGGAGGAAGCUGUGACAGCUGCUUUCUCGCAGGUAUUCACCAUUGCGGCCACAGAGCCGAUCAGCCUCCUGCACUCCAAGCCCUCAAAGCCCACGCAGGCCCGUGGAAAGCAGCUUCUUCUCAGCACCCCCGGAGAGCAAGAGGCGCAGGCCCCCAAGGCCCCUGACACUUCUGAAGUCCCUGGCCCUGCCCCUAAGUCUCCUUCCACACCAUUGGCUGGCACCUCCAUGGAGGGAGACCUCACCGUGGACUUCGAAAAGAUCUACAAGUACUUGUCAUCCUUCUCCCGCAGUAGCCCAGGACCCGAGCUCUCCGCAGCCGAGUCAGCUGUGGUCCUCGACCUGCUUCUGUCACUUCCCCAGGAGCUGACGCGCCUGCCCUGUACUGACCUAGUGGAGCACAUGGCUGGAGCAUACCUCCGCCUGAUGGCUCCCCAGCCCAGCUCAUCCAGUGGGAACUUGGAGUCUGGGGCUGAGGCUGGUGGGACUGGCUCCAAGGGACACGAACAGCCCAGCCAGGCCACCCCCCAGGCCCCUGACAAUACCAGGCCCCACGAACUGACAUCAGCCUGGCAAGCAGCCGGGGUCUGCCCCCUGAACCCAUUCCUGGUGCCCCUUGAGCUUCUAGGCCGGGCAGCCACCCCUGCAGAGGACACACCCGGACGUCCCUGACUCCCCAGCCCUGUGUCCUGCUUGGGUUAGAUGGUUCUGAGGAGCCAGUCUUGGUGGAAGGUUCUUGAUAUGGUGCCCAACAGGGCAUGGCCCUAAAGAAGCUCGAUACAUCAGGGGUCUCAGAGAUGGAACCACAGUUGAUGCCCCUGGGGCUGGGUUGAUGGAGAACAGAGGGACUUGGCACACAAGCAGCCUGACCUCCCUGGACGGGCAGAUGGAUGAACAGAUGGACAGAUGGGCAGGGCUGGCCUCCUGCCUGCCCCAAGCCCAGCCCUGCCUCAUUCUCUGCCACAGGACGCUGUGAGCUGGCAGUUCACACAGUAAACCUUGUGUGCCCUCCUUUGUGGAUUCCCUUCUUGCCUACCCCCCCCCCCAACCUUUUCUGUCCCUGGGAGCCCAGUGUGCACCUCAGGCCAUGGGAGGUAACUUGCAUUCUCUGCACCUCUCCUCAGCUGACCACAGGCUGGCGCCCCACCCUCCUCCCUGGGGGUGCUCUGUGGCAGUGAAUAAAGGUCUUGUUGCUCUGC